CACAAGUCCGUGAUCAAGGACCACACAUACCAGUCGUUCUGCCUUGGCAAACAAACCCUGCGACGGUGGGCUCUCACCAUGGCGGCUCAUUCAGUAGGACCGGAGUUACCCUGCUCCCUGGUACUCGACAUCCCCUUCCCAAACUCGCGCCUCGCGUCGAUAGCCCUCCAGGCUCUAGGAGUCGACAAGGAACUCUCCGCUCUAGUACGGCGCGAGCUGUCGACGGCGGCGCCCGCCGACACCCCGAGCGCUGCGGCGGCCCUGGACAGCGAGACCGUCCUCCGAGUCAGGUACUGCGCAAGCACGAACCGCAUGCUCAGGGUUGCUGUCAAUUCUUUCCUGGAAAGCCUCGCGCUGGUUCUAGAGGUGAUGGGGGAGCUCGAUGUUGAUGUUCUUGAGGCCCAACGGGGGAAGACUGCUUGAUCCGAGUCACCGGCUCCUUGGACAAUUUAAAUCAAGCCCUUGCUGGCGUCACCAGCUCCAACAAAGACCAAUCAAUUUCCAGCACAAGCCGCGAAAGUGUUGCUGCCCAAGACUGAGGUAGCCAGGCGCUGCAGAAUAGGAUGGCCAAUGUGCCGACGACGCUAGAUGAUGCGUCAUCAACCUGCGUCCCUCGACGGAGGGAAGAGCUCUCCCGUUUCAGAACGAAGGGACAGCUCAAGCAACAUCUUUGGAUAGGAGCAUUGUCAGGACUGACCCUAGUUGUCUGAGAGGCAGAAUGUAGAUAUAUAUGGUCUAUAUAUCUCAGGUCUUACGGCUUUUCUAUGCCGUGCUUCGUGUAGCCCAUGUCACAGAAACUCAACAGGCCACGACGUCAUAUGUCACAUCGUGAAUAAGCCGGUCCAUCUACAGAGGUGGCAGGACGCAAGUCAAACGAGAAGCUUCGCCUUUC